AUGUGUGUCUUUAGAAACAUUAUUAGCUUCUGUGAAAUUUACAUCAUUCUGUGUCUCGCCGCAGCAAUUCGAAGUAGCAGCGCGCAAUGUAGCCGAGGGAGUCUCAUGUUUAUACGGUGGUCGGGCGUGACGCCUGAGCGUGCCGCCCCAGUGUUCAUGUACGCCGCGAGCGGAGACGAGGACUCCUUGACGGGGGUCUGCUUGUCGAGGUGCAGGGAGCUGGAGGACUGCGCGGCGGUCGUGGUAGAGUACGGCAGGGGAAGCUGCCACGGCGUCAACGAGGCGGCGGGCGCACUCCACGGCGACAAUGACGCCGCCCUCUUCACCAAAACAUGUCUCGACGUGCCGCCGGGAUGCAAAAGCCGGUGGUGGGCGAUGGAGAGUACUCCCAGUUACUAUUUGCAAACGGAGACUACUGGAAAAGCUCUACAAAACGUAACGGAGCAACAAUGCUACAACGCCUUACUUUCUACACAAGGAAUUUACCGUUCCGCUCAAUGGAUAAAGCCGGAGAAGGGCUUGAGCACCUUCGAAAUCGCACCAAGCAGCGUGGGCAACUGCCUUCUGAACGUCGAGGACAAGUUCACGGAAGCUGAGUCCUACCGGGUGUCUAACUACUACACCUUCUACAUCGAGAGCCAGUGCGGCCAUGAUUACCCGAAGCGAAUAGACAGAUGUUCGUACGAGGAAUAUUACAAUCAAACAUUAAAACAUGUUGAUUUUACAAUGAGCAACGUUACAAAGGAUGAGUGUAAAACGGCGUGCGAAAUGGAGGACCGCUUCGUGUGUCGCGGCUUCACUUGGACCGCUCGAACGGUUGAGGGUCGCUCAACAGCCACGAGGGGUCUUUGCGACCUGCACAGCGAAGACCUGGUUACAGCCGGCUCGUGGCUGCUGCGACGCUCUUCAGGCGCCACGUACUAUCGCCGAGUCAUCUGCCUCAAUAUCAGUGUGGAGUGCCAGGGCUCGGAUAUGGUGGUGACUUACCGCCCGCGUGGCGCGUUCCGCGGACGGCUGUACGUCCCCGGGAGGGGUGAGGGGUGCGGUGCGCGGGGGGCGGGGGCCGCCGCCGUCAAGCUGUCGCUACCCCUGCACGGCGACUGCGAUGUCAACUUCGCCUACGCCAUCUCCAACGGACCCACAGGAGUCGUCAAUCGGACAAUGGCAUACGUGAUGGUGAUGAUCCAGAACAACCCCAUCAUACAGACCGCGGGUGACCGUUGGGUCCGGGUUGGCUGUUCACCAGGCUCUGGAACCCAAAGUUUCGCCAAGGUGGACGCCACCGUCGCUGUCAAAGAUUCGAGCAAGCCUUCACUGGCGAGCGAAACGCCGCAAAGCGGUGCUAGUGCUGUAUUUGGAAAUUCCGUGGCGCCACUGAGCAUGUAUGUAGUGCGGGCGCAGGACGCCGCCUCCGCGCCAUCUGUGGCGUUAGGGGAGCUUCUGGAGCUACGAAUCGAGACGACAGAUGAAGCAGAGAUAGAAGCAUAUCAUCUCGUUGCUUCGUCAAGACUAGGAGACAGUUCAGUGCUAUUACUGGACAGCAGAGGAUGCCCCACGGGCCAGGUGGAUUUCCCGCCAUUCACACGCACCCUGUUGGGGGGCACGCAGCGGCUGUCCGCGCGCUUCAAAGCCUUCAGGUUCCCGAACUCGCACGUCGUACGUUUCGCCCUAAUGGUGCGCUUCUGCGACAUGAAUUGCGCACCGGUGAACUGCGGCGCGCAGCAAGUACGGACCUCGCGUCAGACUAACUACACGGAGUACGACUGGAACAACGGGGUCCCCGCGGCGGUGAGGCGGGAGUUGUGGGGGGAGGGCGGGGGCGCGGGGGGCGCGGGGGUGGUGGCGCAGGGCGGGCCGCCGUUGUGUGCGGACUCCAACGCCCAGAGGGUUCCCCUCGAAUUGGAAAUGGUCGUCGGCUCGAGGGACAUCCUAUCCGCCGAUACACUCGUGCGCGCCGACCACCGCUCGGCAACACCGGAGCAUACGACAGCGGAGGAAUCGCUGGUGUGUGUUCACGAGCUGCUGCUGGUAGCCCUGGUGCUGGCCUGGCUUGCAGUGCAGAUCGUCUUACUGCUGGGCUGCUGCGUUCUCGUUAAAAGGUACCGCAACCUGGCUGAAAUGAGUAUGCAGAAGGAUUACCAGUCGUUUGAUAACGUUGGCUUCGAGACCAACUCUACGCACCGGCGUGUGCACUGGCCAGACCAGACCACAGACAUACUGCACACCACA